UCUCCAUUUCUUCUGCACGAGUCUCUGUUUUACUUUCGACUUCAUCUCCGGCGGACGCUUCUCCACUUCCAUCCAUUUCGAUUUCAGGUUUGUUUUCACCGGACCUCUCCAUUUCUUAUCCACUCCUCUACAUUGGCAGUGCCGUAUCCAUCAUCUUUGAAGUCAAGUUUCAGUAUGGCUUCGACAUCAACUAACGGUCCCAUGUACAAGAUUGACCCUGCUCAUCAUUUUCAGUCUAUAGCGUUACAGGUUUGGGCAUAUGAGUCUAUACCAACCAUCACUGAAUGUGGUGUACAUAAAGUAAGCAACGAUGCAAUACCACGAAUGCUGAGGUGGGUGUGCGAACUAUCGCCGAAGUCUCAUGUCCUACAGAGGCAGGUGUUUGACUCACCAAUGUUCUUAAUUAACGUGGUAAUUGAGAUGAUGCCUGAAGAGGAGGAGCAUCUAAGAAUGUCUUCAGGGGAACUUGUUGAGAAAACUCAUCCAUAUAACACCGUUUCUGAGAAAAUGGUGAUUCAAAACGACCAGGAGAAGCUAGUAAUGAUGACAAUGACUGCAAAAAGACGGUUCUCGAGAAUGAACGUGGAAGCCUAA